GCCGGCGGCCAUGGCCUUGGUUCGGGGGGGUCCGGCGGCGCUGGGGGACCCGCGGCGGUUGAUGCGCUCGGGGCUGUGGCUGAUCGUGCUGGGCCACGGCAGCCUGGCCCUGGGCGCUAUUGUCCACGGCUCCGUCCUGCGGCACGUGGCCGGUGCCGCCCGCGCCGUCACCCCCGAGUACGCGGUGGCCAAUGUGGUGUCGGUAGCCGCGGGGCUGCUGAGCAUCGCCGUGGGCAUCGUGGCCAUCCUGGUCUCGCACAACCUGUCCCGGGCCGCGCUGCACUGGGCCCUGCUGAGUAUGUCCCUGCUGAGCUGCCUCCUGUCCGCAGCCUGCAGCGUAGGCCUGGCCCUGGCCAUUGCCCUCACUGUGCACAGCCGGGGCACUCACCUGCUCUGGGGCUGCCACAGCCCUGCGCUGCCUGCGGAUGUCCGGGAAGCCAUAGCAACCAACGAUUGUCCCUUCAACACCACACGCAUUUACGACACUGCCCUGGUGCUCUGGCUCCCCUCCAUGGUGCUGGUGGCUGCAGAAGCUGUGCUCUCUGGCAGGUGCUUUUUGGUGGCCCUCAUCUUCCAGGGCAUUGGGCCCUGUGCACACAACUACAACAAAGAACAGCUGGCUGGUCCAAGUGCAGUGAAGGAGAGGCCACCACGUGAGAUGCAGCAGCUCCUCAGGGGGAUGGCUGAGACUCAUGCCUAGCUGGGGAGGUGCUGCUGCAGGAGUGCCGCCAUCCAUCCUGGUGACAUUGUACCUGUGCCCUGCUCCUCCCCAGGGGUAGGGUGGGCUGCAGGAGGGUGAGGGGUGUGCUUUCCCCACCUCCCCAGCCCCACCUGGGACAAACCCUGAAGGUUCCUGCCACAAGCUGCCCAGGGUCACCAGGCAGCCUUAGUCCAGAGGACACCACUGUCCCCAGACAUCUCCCCCAGCUGUAGGGCUAGUGCUGGCAUGGUCUCUGGAGCCAUCCUGGCUCCCUCUGUCUUUGACAUGCAGCGGUGGGGGCUGGCUUAGAUCCUGGGAGGGUCAGCUUGGUGUGCCUGUCCUCAGGCAUGGGAUGGUGAGGAGCCCCUUUGCUGUGAUGCUCUCGUUUCAUGAAGUAAAUAAAUUUUUCAUUUUCACA